AUGAAAGUCCACACUGUCGAUGUUCUUGUCUGCGGAGGCGGCAUGUCAGGCAUGUCCUGCGCUGCCUUUGCUGCUGAUGCUGGCGCCAGAGUGAUGGUCGUCGAGAAACAGCCUCAUCUGGGCGGUUCGUCCAUCUACUCGGCCGGCAUGUUUUGGGCUCCCAAAACAUACGACAGUCUACGGUCCUGGGUGCCAGAUGGCGAUGCCGCUUUGCAACAGGCGUGGAUGGAGGAUUAUCUGCCUGCCGUUCAAUGGAUGCGACAGAAUGGAGUGCCAACAGCAGAUCGUUUCGAUGGCAUCAUGACGAUUGGCAUUGGGUUUCCGAUCAAGAUCCCAUCGCUGUAUCAGCUGCAUCAACGCCGUCUGCAGAACAAUCCCAACUCGUCUGUUCUGAUGAAUACCACCAUCGUCAAGCUCAUCCAAGAACCAUCUCUUCCUGGAUCCCGUGUCAUCGGAGCCAUCGUUCGUCGUGAUACUACAGAUCAGCCGGAAUAUCUCGAAAUCCGAGCAAAGCAUGUCGUUCUCGCAACUGGAGGCUUCCAAGGAUCGGCUGCUCUCACAUCCCAACAUCUCGGAUACGGCGGAGAUAAUAUCUUCGUCCGUUCAAAUCGCGGAUCAGUCGGUGAUGGUCUUCGUCUGGCUUCGUCUGUUGGAGCAGCCACCAGUCGUGGAAUGAACACGUACUAUGGCCAUCUUCUGGCUGCACCUCUGAAGGCCGAGGAUGUUGAUCCGAAAGAUUAUCUUCCAUUAGCACAGUACCAGAGUAAAUACUGUCUUCUGAUCAAUGAAUCCGGAAAGAGGUUUACUGAUGAGACACUCGGCGAUGAGAUUGUCAAUCAGUAUCUGGCCAAACAAGAGAAACGGCGUGGUUUCAUUCUCUUUAAUGAACGCACUCGAAAGCAACACUGCGUGUCUGCCCUCUUCCCCAACGCUGGUGAUAUCGAUCGUCUCCAGAAAGCAAGAGACCAUGGUUGCAAUGUCACCAGUGCAGACACCCUAGAUGGAUUUGCUGAUGCACUCUCCCAAUGGGGCGUCGACGGUAAACAAGCACGACAGACCAUUGACAACUACUCUCGUGUCAUCCGUCAAAGAGACCCGAGUGUUUCACUCGACACUCCAGCAGGACAACAUGCAAACGCCCCAGAUGCCCUCGUAGACGGUGAAGGGCCAUUCUUCGCCAUGGAGGUGCAGCCAUCAAUCACCUUCACCUACGGCGGCAUUUCCAUCGACACUCGCGGGCACGCACUCACGGCAGACCGCAAGCCAAUCCCAGGAUUACUCAUUGCCGGUGUUGAUGCAGGGGGAUUCAGCAAUCGAGGCUAUGCCGGGGGUUUGGCUUUGGCCUUUGUUACUGGAUAUUGGGCUGCCCGAAUGGUGGCGGAAGAGUUGAAGUUGUCAAUGCCAGAGUUGCCUGCUGCGGAUGUCAAAGACCUUCGAGCAAUUGGGAUGAAAGAGAGGCUGUAG